CAAACGCUAGAACUGCCGUUAAGGCAACAGAUGUAAACAACACGACGAUAUACCUGUUACUAAAGUCGUUCACACCAAAUUCUGAAGACAGUCAAAUUAUAUUUGACGGCUUGACUGUCCGGGAAAGAACCUCCAGAUCAGCACUUUGUACUGCGAUAGAGGAACAUUGCCAGUUAAAGACACCCGAUGACAAAGCCCCCUCAUCGGAGAAAGAGAACCCGUCUGACUUCUAUUGUGGAAUUUUCAAAGUUGAUGUGCGUAAAUUGACUGCCCCUUCUUGGGAAAGAUCCGUGCGCCCUCCCGAUCCAAACCAUGUCCAGAGUCUCAAAGAAACAUUCCUCAAAAACCCCAGUGGAUAUUUUCACCUUAUACUGGUCAAUGUGCCAAAUGUCAAACAAUUUACGAAAGAAGUGAUUUCAAGGGAAAGAACAAUAUUAGAAGUAAUAGGGGGAAACCAUAGUAGAGAAGCGUUCCUUUCUAUUCUAAACGAUGACACUAUUUCGGAACAUGUAAAAAACAUGUUUCGAUUUAGAGAUGCAAUCGUGUAUUGUGGAUUGCCAAACCAUCUUGCGAGGCACCUCGCAAACCUCCACAAUAUUGUGCGGAAAAGUGGCAAAGAGGAAUCCUACAUGGAAAAUAUAUGCGAAAUGAGAGCAGCUCUAUAUCAACUCUCGGGCAAGUCAGAAAUAGAGACCACAACAGUUGACCCACCUAAUGAUAGAAAACUUGUCGAAGCAUGGAAGGCGACGUGCCAACAAGUGCGGGGUAUCCAAAAGAGACGUGAUUUCAAUAAUUCAUACGGAGUGGCAAUACGUAUUGCACAAUGGCCGACAGAAUCAUUUCAAGAGUUGAAACACUUUGACAUCAAGUGGAGGAAGGGUGAGAUUACGAAGCAACCUAAACAACCAAAAGGAAAAACGGUGUUGAAAAAACACCACAUAGCUUGCCUCUUGACCCCACCACUGGAGGAUGCCACUCACAUUAUCAGGCAGUGCAUAGAUGGACAGAUAGAUUACAAUCAAUUGCGAUUGAAAUGCACAAAUACAUCGACAGAAGAGACUCCAAGAGCCGAACAUGUGGAUGAUAUAAUAGAAGAAAUUGUAAACCAGGACGAACAUGAAAAUGUAUCUGGACCUAAAGACGACACUGUGGUGGAUAAAUUAAAAGUCGACUUGGAAGUUAUGACAACUAAGUAUUUACAGUGUAAGCAGGAACUGACCAAUGCAGAACAGAAUGCAAUGAGAUAUAAGGAUGACCUGGCGAGAGUGUCAGAUAACUACUCAAAGAUUGAGAAAAGUUACUUGGAUAUGAAAAGCAGCCUUCGGAAAUCUAAUAAAGAUCUUACUGCUAUGACGGCAAUGUAUACCAAGGCAAAGACUGAUUUGACUGGUGUUGAAAACAAGUUGAAAGAGGCAGAGUUCGAUCAGAAACAGCACGAACAUUUCAAAGAAACUAUUCGACAGCUGAAAAACGAAAAGUUAUAUUUUGAAAAGCAAUUUAAAAGGUUGUCAGAAGGCUAUGAAAAACAAAGCAAUGUAAGCGAUAUCAGCGAGAUUAUUCCUGCAACCGACUCCUCACUUGCUAUCACUGAUCAAAGCGGAACGUCUGGUGUGAAGCGAAGUAGAGAUGUUGCUCGAACGGAAACGGAUGAACAUGCUCUAGAUAUUGAUAUCGCAUUUAAGUCAAAAAGACGACGGGAAGCUAAGUACGGCCAACAGAUUGAUCCGCAGGCAACAACUCAAGAUUGCAGAACAGGGGAUACAGAUAAUUUGAUAGACAAUGUGAAUACAAAUGAGCUCUGUGAUGCAAUAAGUGCACAGCACACUGCCCUGAGUCAGCAGAAAAAGUCUGGGAAGACAUCAUCUCGAGAGAUCGUUUGUGCUAGGUGGGAAGACUACGUGUUUUUAGGGGUGAAGGAGGACGACUUGAUAUAUUACUGUCAACGGCAGCUAUCAAAGAUAGACGAGUUUAAUAAGUUACUCCGAAUUAGCAAAAAUAUGUGUCUUAUUAAUAAGAAGGACCAGGCAAAAGUGGGAGUCAAUAUUGCCAUUGAAAAUUUCUUUGUAGUCCAGAGUGGGUUUCUUAAUAUAUCAAAAAAUAGCCUUAUAAUUACUUUGAUGCAAGACCAAGCAAAGGUUAUAUCAUGCCUGUCAUCAAUUGUAUCCAAAUUGUAAGUUAAAGAGCAUUUUGAAUGUUCAGACAUUGUUUUGUAUGUUCAGACAUUGUUUUGUAUGUCCAGACAUAUAAAUAAACAAAUAGUUUACAUGUAUACAUG